AUGAUUGGCACCCCACCGUCCACCCCAUAUACACCACGGGAAACUCAACUGGAAGUCGAAUUUGUUAAAGAAACUCAACUGGCGGUCGAUUUGGAGGAGGGUCAAUCUUCAAAGGCAAAAGGAAAACGGGUCCAUAAGAAGAAAGGACCAGACGAGCCACUAGAAAAAACGGAAAAACAAAGUUGGUCGAACAAGGAAGAAAUGGCGUUAGCUAGGGCUUGGCUUGAGGUCACCGAAGACCCGGAAGAAGGAAACUUUCAAAAGAUGAAGAUUUAUUGGAAAAAAAUUGGUCAAAUCUUCCAUAAAAUUCUCAAGAAAGAACCAUAUAGGGGACCCGAUUCGUUGAGUGGGAAGUGGAGUAAAAUGCGUCUCAAUAUCCAAAAAUUCAACGAAAUAUACACUCAUCUCAACCAUAAUCCUCCAAGCGGUUCAAAUGAUACCGACAUCAUAAAACUAGCACAUCGGGAGUAUAAAGCUACUCUUGGUGAGCCGAGUACGAAGAGGUCAAAGACGACGUCCGAUUCGGCUGAGCCCCAAAGUCAAGGGUCAAAUGCGCAAGUUGAAAUCGAUCUAAACACCACGGAGGAAGAGGGGGAGAGCUUGAGGGAGCGUCGGUAUUACCGCCCAGGUGGUCGAGACAAGGCCAAAAAAGCUUCGCGUGCCGGUUCAUCUAGUUCAUCCGGUAAGGUUGUGUAUUUGGAGGAGUUUGCUCAAUUAGGGGAGAAGUUGGAGGGUUUGAUUGGAGUUGGCAAGGAGCGGGUGGAAUUGGGGAAGAAACGGGUUGAUUAUGAACUACAAAAAAUCAAGAUGAAACAAGAUGAACAAUAUAACAAAGAUAUGACAAGGUUGGCAAUGGACACAUCACGACUUAUCGAAGUCCAUAGGGUGGCGGUGGAAACUAUGAAGCAAAGAAUCCGCGAAAAACAUAACCUGUCACUUGAAUAUCCAAUUAGGCCAGAACUUGGACUGCAGACGCUAACAGAAGUUGCUAGUUGGGGAUCUCCUGUUAUAAGUACAAUGUUUGUGAUAAUGCUUUGA